CUCGCUCACUGUCUCGCCCGCCCGCUCUCCCCGAUAGCCUCGCGCGCUGCCGCCUCUCUCCCGCCGGCUCUCGCUGUUCCCUUCCUCGGGCUCCCGGGACCAAGACGUUCCUCCGCGCCCUACACCGCAGCAGCGCCUAGACUCUCGGCUCUCCCUCCUCCCCGCCCCCGCCGGCCCAGGGACCAGACCGCGCUCCAGAUCGUCCGCUUUGGAAAGAUGGCCUCAGGAGUGCAAGUAGCUGAUGAAGUAUGCCGCAUUUUCUAUGAUAUGAAAGUUCGGAAAUGUUCCACACCAGAAGAAGUCAAGAAAAGAAAGAAGGCAGUUAUCUUUUGUCUCAGUGCUGACAAAAAAUGCAUCAUUGUGGAAGAAGGCAAAGAGAUCUUAGUGGGAGAUGUUGGUGUAACCAUUACUGAUCCUUUCAAGCAUUUUGUGGGAAUGCUUCCUGAAAAGGAUUGUCGCUACGCUUUAUAUGAUGCAAGCUUCGAAACAAAGGAAUCAAGAAAAGAAGAGUUGAUGUUUUUUCUAUGGGCACCAGAAUUAGCACCUCUCAAAAGUAAAAUGAUCUAUGCAAGCUCCAAGGAUGCAAUCAAAAAGAAAUUUCCAGGCAUUAAACACGAAUGUCAAGCAAAUGGACCAGAAGAUCUCAACCGAGCUUCUAUUGCUGAGAAACUAGGAGGGUCCUUAAUUGUAGCUUUUGAAGGAUGUCCUGUGUAGAUGAUCAUUCAGUGCCACAAGUUGAAAAGCUUCCAUGUUUAAUGUAUCUUCUUGCUAAAUAUGUAAAACAAAUAUACUUAGGCCAGGGUUUCACUGAGGGGGAGCUGUCUUGUUCUAGAUUAAACUAGAUAUUAUAUAAACCUGUAUAAAAUAACCCUAAAUAAAUCUAAAGUCUAAAGUUUCAUUGGUUGUAAAUUAAAUUUUUGCUGUCUGACAGUCUAUUUGGCAAGUUGGCUUUAAGAUUAUUGUUUAAGCUCAGGGUUUUUAAUUAUACAAUUAAAACAAAAGAAAAAAGUGGCCAUAAGGAUAGAAUGGAGAAUAGGCAUUUUUGUAACUUCUAUAGUUACUAUCUCUCCUUUGAUUUACCAUAUUGUUCAUAAUCUGAUGGCAACUUAGGCCCAUUUUAAAAAAAAACAAACCUUCCUUGAGCUAAAUAGGAACUGGCUUUAAAGGUUUGAAUGAAAGCAUUUCUCCUCAAAAAUUCUAAAACAAUACUAACCCACUAAAUACAAUAGUAAGUCAAGUCAGGCUGUCUUCACUUGAACAGUUAAUGUGUGAGAAAGACUGCCUUAAAUUUGUGUACACAAGUAGUAAAAGCUAAUCUUUCAAAGCACUAUUUAAAGCACAUAGCACACAGGAAGCAACUCCUCGAACCUAUGGUAAAGCUCUUCUAUUCACUGGCUGUGAGACUUUGUUCUGAUGAAAUAAUCUCAUUCUGGAAAUCACAAUGCAUUCUGGAGUGAUUGUGGAAUACCUUUAUGUUACACCAAAUUAUGACACAAAACAAAUUCUAGCUCUACAGUAACUUGGUUUGUCGAUGAAAAUGACAGAACAUUAUGUUAACAAGCUAGGGGGCUUGUGAUAUCUUGAAUCGUGUUAUCCUUCAGAACUAUCCUGCUUCUAGUACUGUAAGCUAUGGAAGAUCAUUAAGCAGAUGUUUACUUUGGGACAUGGGGAGACUUCUUAAUUUCCUGUAGAGAUAUGUUGAUUGUACAUGAAAUGGGUAACAGGUAUGAAACAUAAUACUCACUUUAAUCAUCUACUUUAUGAAAGCUUUCAGUGAUUGUCUUAACACCAUGGGCGUAACAUUUUUGAACAGUGUAGACAUGCACAAACAAAUCUAGAGGUAGCAGAUUGGCUUUAUUUAAUAAAGGAAGCAUUUUUAACUA